UGUUCAGAGUAUUAGGAGUUAGUCUCGCUAGUUUGGAUCCUGACCUGAACGGAUUGUUGGCUCUUGCUAAGUAAUUUUCCUCUACAAUGAUAAUAAUAGACGGCAGAAACAAAUACCGAGUUUCGCUUCAGAAUGAAUACCCUGGCUCUUCUUUUCUUUUACGUAGUUUCCACGCCCGUGACAAGGUCGAGGUGUGAAAUGAUCACCAAGUUCAUCUUUAUUAGUUGGUCAUGGUGAUAAUAGUUUUUAUCAGUAUUCAAACGUUUCUUGGUAUUCAUCCAAUCAAUAAAUUCUUCACACUAUAAAAGUGUACCAAAAGAUCAUGCCACCUUAUAGAAACAACUUGUGCGUCCACUAGUCCAGCACGUUCCAAGCAAUCUCUGUGAACUCGAACCAAAAUGAAUAAUCUGGUCACCGUAUCGUGCGUCCUGUUUACUGUAGCUUAUGCAGCACCACAAGGAUCUUCGUCCAACGUUACACCGGUUCCAAUCGUUAGUGAAAACUCUAAUCUUCAACCAGACGGAAGUUUUCAGUACGCCUUCGAGGCCGGCAAUGGAAUUAAAGAGCAAGCUGAGGGUUCGCUGAAAACUGUUCAGGUGCCGAAAGCCGACGGAACUGGAACCGAGCAGGCUCAAGUCGUCGUUCAAACCGGUAGCUUUUCCUACCCGUCCCCCGAUGGAACUCAGAUCGAUCUGAAGUACACUGCCGAUGAAACCGGAUUCCAUCCAGAGGGAGCCCACUUGCCGGUGGCACCUGCCGUUCCGUCUUCUUAAUAAUAGUAACUAAGAAUAUAUAAAAUAUUCAAAGCAGUUUAGGAAAUGCAUGUAUUCAAAAAAAGACUAUUAGAUAACUUAAUAUUAGGCGAAUGCUAAGCAUACGACAAAUUUGUUCUGUAACUUUCGGAACCUACCUACUAAACCAAUGAGAAAAUGUAAUAUAACAAAUAAAUGUAAAUAAUAAAAACCUUUUUGUUCGGGCACUUCAAAUUCAUAUGAGU